AAUGAGGUUCUAAAAACUCUCAAUAUCGACACCGGCCAUUUUACAAUACUCGGUAGUUGGAAUAAUAAAAUUUCAAAAUUAAAAUUGUAAUUAAAUGUCAGAACCACAGUCAGCUCUUCUAUUAAGAAAACAGCUAGCAGAACUGAACAAAAACCCUGUUGAGGGGUUUUCUGCAGGCCUUAUAGAUGAUAAUGACAUUUAUAGAUGGGAAGUACUUAUAAUAGGUCCUCCAGAUACUUUAUAUGAAGGAGGAUUCUUCAAAUGUCACCUGUAUUUUCCUAAAGAAUAUCCUCUUAGGCCACCUAAGAUGAAAUUUGUGACAGAAAUUUGGCAUCCGAAUAUUGACAAAAACGGUGAUGUCUGUAUAUCUAUUCUUCACGAACCAGGUGAUGAUAAGUUUGGUUAUGAAAAGGCCUCGGAGCGAUGGUUACCAGUACACACAGUAGAAACUAUACUAAUUUCAGUUAUUUCAAUGUUGGCCGAUCCAAAUGAUGAAUCACCCGCAAAUGUCGAUGCUGCAAAAGAAUGGAGGGAAUCGUAUUCAGAGUUCAAAAGAAAAGUGGCAAGAUGUGUCCGGAAGUCACAAGAACAAGAGGAGUGUUAGUGUAAUGACUAUUAAAAUUAAAUUUUAAAACAAUUAUACAGUGGUUUGAUUCUUGACCUGUUGAAAUGAAUAUACACUUUAUAUGUCACUUCUGUAGUUUUUUAUACAGCAUAAAAUGUUUGUAUUCAUAUGGAACUUCAACACUUCUCGGAUCAAACGAUCAUGUUUCUUUUAAUUUUGGGAUCUCAUAACAAUCAAGGAGAAUCACAGUCAGGAAUCUGAGGAAAUUAUUGUUCAAUAAAUGGUUUGUUUGAUGUUUUUUUUUGCAUUUUAUUGUUUCAUUAUCGAUUUUGUUUGUAUAAGAAUAGGUGAAUGGGUUGAUAAACUAAUGGAAUGGACAUUAGUUUAUCACAGCCGACUAUUAUAUUGACUGAUACUUUUUUGUCGAUCUUCAUCUUAUUAUUUUUGAACUAUUUAAUCGUACUUUUAACGCUGAUAUUUCAAUAAAAAACUAUUUGAAAGGUCUGAAUUAUUUUUUAUUGUAUGUUUGAUAUAAACUCCCCGGCUACCCGACCGUCGUGUUCUUUAAGAUAUGGUAUUCAUUAAGUUGUGCUAUAUUUUUGGAUUCGUAAACUUGUGUAAGUUAUUAUGAUCAGGUUGUAACAAUUAUAACGAGAUACAUUAAAAUCACCAUAAGAUACGGAAAUGUCAACAUAACUUGUAACUGCUCUUUAGAAAUGUAAAUUUUGCUGUAACUGUAGGUACCGUAAUUAAGUAAAUUUUAUUAU